AUGGAUAAGGUAACCAAGGACAAAUCUAUGGUGAAAUUUGCCAGAGUUCUUGUAGAUGUUGAAAUAUCUGAUAAAAUUCCCCAGUGUAUUAGUUUUUUAAAUGAGAAAGGCCAGUUGAUGGAGCAACCUAUAGAUUUCGAAUGGUUGCCCACUCGUUGUUCCUGUUGUAAGAACUUGGGUCAUGGUGCCUCUAAUUGCAAAAGGUCUCAGGAGGUUCAAUGGAAGCCUAAACAGGUAGUCACUAAUGCUGGAAUAAAGGAUUCUGAUGUUUCUAAGAUUCAGAGUGAGGCAGAUCUUGUGGAUGGGUCAAUUGGCAUUCAGAUGGCAGGCAAGGAUAGUCAGCUGGGGAAAACUGGUAGUACUCUGGCUAGUACUCGGGAGUUGAAGACAGGUAAUGAUAGCAGAGACCUUUCAGUUCAGGAUACUGGUAAUGCUUCUGUUGAGCAGGAUCUAUCUUGGUCUACUCCAAAGAGGGUUGGAGGGGUUAAGGUAAAAACUGCUGCCAAUGUGACAGUGAGGGGUAACAAGUUUAGUCUCUUACAGGAGAGCAAGGAGAUGGUUACAAAAAGGAAUUUACAUGAUCCUCAAUCUUCUAAUGGAGGGAUUUUGGGUGGUUUUCUUGAAACUAAAAUGAAAAACAAAAAAAUUGAGGAGAUGAUGAUGAAUCUGUUUGCUGGUUGGAAGUUGUUUAGCAAUGAGGUGGUUGAAGGAAGGAUUCUUCUAGUUUGGAGGGAAGAUAUUAUUCAAGUAAAUGUUAUUCAGAUCAUAGACCAACUUGUUCAUUGUGAAGUUAGGAUAAAAGGUUCUAUGCACCAAACGUGGCUGUCAUUUGUUUAUGGUAGGAAUACUUUGGAAGAAAGAAAACUGCUUUGGCCUCAUCUUGUGUGUCCCCAGGCUUCAGUGGCUCCUUGGCUGGUUAUGGGGGAUUUUAAUGCUUUAUUUGACUAUGGUGAUCGUAUAGGGGGUCGUGAGAUCACUGACUCGGAAUUGGCUGAUAGUAGACAAUGGAGAGCGUCUGUCUUAUUGAAUGAUUUAAAGUCUAACAGUUGGUUCAAACCAGCUGGGGGGUUCGGGUUGCAGAAGGUCUUGCUGAAGCUUAAGAGACUAAUUCCUAUUUUGAGUCGCUUUAACAAACAGCAAGUUGGGGAUGUUAUUCAACAGUAUACAACAGCUAAACAGAGAUUAGAAGAGGCCAAAUAUAGAUUGCAGCAGUUCCCUUCUUUAGACUCAUUGCAGCAGGAAGAGUCUGAUGCAGCUAGAGACUUUGCUAUCAAAUCCAGUUCUUAUGAGAGCUUUCUGCGUCAGAAGAGUAAGAUUAACUGGCUGAGGUUUGGUGAUGAGAAUACGGCGUAUUUUCACGCUUCUCUUAAACAGCAGAAAAUGAGAAAUCGCAUUUCUAGUUUUAUUAACGAGGAGGGACAUAUUGUUGAAAAUUAUUCAGAGGUCAUUGAUCAUUUUUAUAAUCACUUUAGAGGAGUUAUGGGUAAGGUGAGUUUAGCUUCAAGACAGAUUGAUCAGAAUUGUUUUAUACAUGGGCAUACUUUAUCUCUAGAGCAACAACUCAAUUUGACUCAGCCUUUCACCCGGAAAGAUGUUAAGAGAGCUCUGUUUAGUAUUCCUUCCAUCAAGAGUCCGGGUCCCGAUGGGUAUGGUUCGGGCUUUUUUAAAGCUCUUCGGAGGGAUAUUGGUGCUGAAGUUUCUGAUGUGAUUUUGCUAUUUUUUACAACUGGUAAGAUUCCUACUGAGUUAAAUAGAACUAUUCUCACUCUCAUUCCUAAAGUAGACUCUCCCUCUGUAGCCUCUGAUUUUCGUCCCAUUGCUUGCUGCAAUACUCUGUAUAAGUGCAUCUCUAAGAUGAUUUGCUCUCGUUUGGCUUAA